AGAGCCGUCGGGCAAUAGCUGAUCAAAAUGAUGAGUGUGAGACUGCCCCGUUCUUGAAGCUAGGAAAAUAUAACCACUCGAGCUGCGGAGGACUUCUUGCGCACGAAUGGCGCAAGAUAAAAUGCAAUCCUUAUUUCGCUGGCGCUUACAGAGGUUCCUGCUCCAGGUGGUGCAAAAAACUUCUCUCGUGUUGUGGUGGAGUCUGCCUUGAAGAUUUUCAAAAGCUUUUUUCAAAUCAAUUUAACAGCAUAGGGAAUAAUCAACUUUGUGUAGUACCCUGCAGAGCAUUUUUGUUUCGCAUCAGACUGAUCUCAAACCAAGAGACGUUGAAUUGCAGUAGAACCAUUCCAACCGGCAACGUGUUUAAACGGAUAAAGGAUUUUAUCAACUUUCUUCAAAACAUUUCAGUCAAUGAUGAAAAUGCCUUGCAGAGUGUUAUACAAAGAUUUAAAAAUGUGAAUAAAAAAAUGCGGCCCAUCCGGCCAGCCGAUGGAGGGGAAGAUCCUAUUUUCGUCACGCUUGCCUUUGAGGAAUUUAUGACCAGAAUUGCCAAAAGCAGACUAAAUUCCACAAAUCCAGAAGUAAAUUACACUGGCAAAGAUAUGGCGUUUCGAGUCAGACGCAUUGUCCGCAAGGAAGGAAGUGACUUUCUGUUUAAUGACAGUGACGGGGAGAACUCUAUCAAGAUUCCUUCAGCUAACCUACAUCCGAACGGAUCAAUAGUACUUGGGAUGGCAUACAAAAGCCUUCACCAACUUUUUCCAGGCUACGUAACUGACCCUGAUGGAACCAACAAAAAAAGGAUCCUGGAUAGCGUAAUUUUAUCCGCAGUAGUGGAUCCUCCGCCAGAAAAGUUACGAGAGAACGUCACCUUGGUUUUUAAAAACAUGAAGGCUGGCCGAAAGAAGAGAACAUGCGUAUUCUGGAAGUUUUCGGAAGACAACAAUAGUAGUUGGUCAAGAGAGGGUUGUCAAACAAGAGUGACAUCCCAUUCCCGAACAGAAUGUGUGUGCAAUCACUUGACCCACUUUGCUGUGCUCAUGGAUUUUACUGACAAAGACGACGACGAAAAGGACCUGCAUGACAAAGCACUGACUCUCCUUACACGAGUAGGUAUGGCUGUAUCUCUCACUGGAAUUUUUCUCACAACUAUCAGCUAUCUUCAGCUCACAGACAGACUUUCACCUCUGUGUCACAUACGGGUUAGUCUAGCCUCUUGCAUUGGGGCAGGACAUAUCAUCUUUUUGGCCGGAAUUGACGCCACAGGAAACAAGGGUGCUUGUGUUUCUGUGGCAGCUCUCGAGCAGUAUUUCGUGAUGGCCGCUUUUUGCUGGAUGCUGGUCGACGGCAUUUAUAUCUACUUAUUUGUUGUGAAGGUGUACAACAUCACUGAUGAUAUCCGUCGUUAUCAUGGCUGCUGCUGGGGAGCUCCUGCAAUUAUAGUUGCAUUAUCUCUGGGUAUUGCUGCAGGAAAAGAUGGAGUAGAAACUUUUGUCCGCGAUAAAAAUUGCUGGAUGUCCGCCACUAACAAUAUCAUUUGGAUAUUUGUUUCCUUUGUUGGACUGAUCGUGAUUAUCAACAUAGCUAUCCUUGUGCGAGUUAUCAAGGAAAUGACAACAAUCCAACAUGUGCAAGAGAACCAAGCUGAGCAGAUCAGGCUUGGCGUCCACGCAUCCGUGGUGUUAGCUCCAUUGUUGGGUUUCACGUGGCUGAUUGGUUUCCUUUUGCCAUUACACGUCGCCUUCUUCUACAUUUUUGUAAUCCUAAACUCUACUCAGGGAUUCUCGAUUUUCUUCUUUCACUGCUUGAGAAAUAGUGAGAUAAAAGAGCGUUUCAAAAGAAGAUUCUGGUGCAUUAAAGCUGACAACAGAAUAACCCCUCAAGCCAAUCAGAGCCGCAAUAAUGCUGAGAUUCCCGAGGCGUCAUCCAAGCAACGAUUCUAAACCAUACAAGCAACUUAAUCGAUUUUGAACUUUCGUUUCCUCCACAAAUUGUGCUAAUGCUAGAUCAAUUAAUCCUCCGGCCUCACCGAAGACGUAGCCUGUAGCUGAUGAGUUCAUUUAAGCUGCUUGUUAAGUGUAUGGGACGCAGCAAAUUAACACGUAGUGGAAAAUGUAAUACUUUCCAACACUUCUAAUAGUUGAUAAAGGGAACAUUAAACAACAAUAACCAGAUCGUAUAAUGCGUCUGAGAAUAUAAUUUGCAUUUAUCCUGUUACAACCUCAUGGGAAAAUCAGCUAUCGAAGAAGAUUAUCAAUUUGGGGGAAAACAGUAAUUGCAACAGGCACUAAAGGGUCCAUUGUUGUCAUCUCCAUUAUCUUUUAAUCUGUCACUGUUACCAACAAUCAGAAUAAUAUGCAAACUUUCCAAAGAUUUCGUCCGUCUUAAGAUGGAGGUGUGCAGAUAAAGGAUGUCUUAAAGUUAAGGGCUUUAACGGAUUAAUCAUAAAUCGUCCAGGGAAGGGAGGGGGAGGCAC